UCUAAUAAACAUAGCUAUAAAUAUUUAAAGAAUUUAUUGCUCCACCUCAACCACACUGUGCUGUUACAUUUCAAGAUCAAGAACCCAACACAAUCUUAUCUCAGAUCUUUGAAACACACACAGUUCUUGAACUGGAAGCAAUGUCGAUGGAAUAUGUCGUGAAGGUUGAAGAACCAAGAGCUGCUUGCGAUGGAAAACCGUCAGCCGGACCGGUUUAUAGAUGCAUUUAUGCUAAAGAUGGUCUGCUUCAAGUCCCCUCAGAACUUCAUUCUCCUUGGCAAUUCUUUAGUGAUUCAGCUCUUAAGAACCCAAAUAACAAAAUGCUUGGUAGGCGUCAAGCUACAGAUUCAAAGGUAGCCGGUCCAUAUGUAUGGCAAACUUAUAAAGAAGUUUAUGAAACAGCAAUAAAACUAGGUUCAGCAAUGAGGAGCCGUGGACUUAAUCCUCAAGAUCGUUGUGGUAUAUAUGGUACCAAUUGCCCACAAUGGAUUACUGCAAUGGAGGCUUGUAAUAGUCAGGCGAUUACGUACGUACCACUAUAUGACACUCUUGGUCCAAAUGCGGUGGAGUACAUCAUUAAUCAUGCUGAAGUUUCUCUAGCUUUUGUUCAAGAGACCAAGCUCUCAUCUGUUAUAUCUUGUCUUUCUAACUGCUCAUCAUAUUUGAAAACUAUUGUAAGCUUUGGAAAUGUUUCUGACUUGCAAAAGAAGGAAGCUGAGGAAUUCGGUGUGUCCUGCUUUUCAUGGGAAGAAUUUUCUGAAUUGGGAAGUUUGGAAUGUGAGUUUCCUCAAAAACAGAAGUCUGAUGUGUGCACAAUAAUGUACACAAGUGGGACAACAGGAGAACCAAAAGGUGUCAUUCUUACUAAUGGAGUUCUAAUGGCGGAAGUAAUGUCCGUCGAUCAUCUCCUUUCUCUCACUGACAAAGCGGCUACAGAAGAGGAUUCAUACUUCUCAUUCCUUCCUUUAGCCCAUGUAUAUGAUCAAGUCAUCGAAACUUAUUGCAUCUACAAAGGCGCUUCUAUCGGGUUCUGGAGAGGGGAUGUCAGAUUCUUGAUUGAGGAUGCUCAAGAACUGAAGCCAAGCAUAUUCUCUGGGGUUCCUAGAGUCUACGAUCGCAUAUACACCGGUACAAUGCACAAAAUUUCAGCUGGAGGUGCUUUAAGGAAGAAACUGUUUGAUUUUGCCUAUAGCUACAAACUAGGAAAUCUUGAAAAGGGAUUUCCACAAGCACAGGCAUCGCCCCUUUUCGACAAGCUAGUCUUUGAAAAGACAAAGCAAACGUUGGGGGGUCGAAUUCGGAUCAUGUUAUCGGGUGCUGCACCUUUGCCUAAUCAUGUGGAGGAGUUUCUGAGAGUCACCUCCUGCUCCACUUUAUCACAAGGAUAUGGUCUGACAGAAACUUGUGGAGGUUGUUUAACAUCGAUAGGCGAUGUGUUUCCUAUGGUUGGAACUGUCGGAGUGCCAAUGACAACCAUCGAAGUAAGGCUUGAAUCUGUGCCAGAGAUGGGAUACGACGCGUUGUCCAGCGUUCCGCGUGGAGAGAUUUGCCUCAGGGGAAAUACAUUGUUCUCUGGUUACCACAAACGAGAAGAUCUAACGAAAGAAGUUAUCGUUGAUGGGUGGUUUCAUUCAGGGGACAUUGGAGAAUUGCAACCAAAUGGAGCAAUGAAGAUUAUUGACAGGAAAAAGAACAUAUUUAAGCUAUCUCAAGGUGAAUACGUUGCUGUGGAGAGCCUCGAAAACACAUAUUCGCGAUGCCCUCUUAUAGCUUCGAUUUGGAUCUACGGUAACAGUUUCGAGUCAUUUCUUGUCGCGGUAGUAGUCCCAGAGAGACAGGCACUUGAGAAUUGGGCAGAAAACAACAAUUUGACUGAUGAUUUUAAAUCUCUGUGCAAGAAUCUCAAGGCUAGAAAAUUCAUUCUAGAUGAACUCAAUAACACUGCUCAGAAACACAAACUUCGAGGAUUUGAAAUGUUGAAAGCAAUUCAUUUGGAACCUCAUCCAUUUGACAUGGAGAGGGAUCUGAUAACUCCAACAUUCAAGCUGAAGAGGCCACAAUUGCUUAAACACUACAAGGACUGCAUCGACCAGCUGUACAUUGAAGCGAAAGCAUCCAAGGCGUAAGAGCUAUUUCUUUAAGCAAGAACAUAAUAUACAGAUGUGCAGCCAAAAGAGUUCAAAUAUAUUUUCAGCAAUUCAGUUUGUUGCUUAUUGUUAAUGAUCAUUUAUAGACAAGAUUUCUUUCUGAAUCAAGGGAUGUGAUGUGUGAUAUGCAAAUUUUAAUGAUAUAUUUAUACUUCUUCAGAUUA